AUGGAUCCUCCGAUUAAGGGAUAUGGCGAUGAUGAAACACAAUUGGCCCAGAUGGGUCAUAAGUCAGAGCUAAAGCGGCACUUUUCUUUGUUGUCCAUGCUCGGCCUUGCUUUUGCCAUUUUAAAUUCAUGGACUGCUUUGUCUGCGAGUUUGUCACUUAGUCUGCCAUCGGGAGGGAGUGCUAGUGUCGUUUGGGGUCUGGUUACUGCAGGUAUUUGCAAUCUGUGCAUGGCUGCAUCGCUUGCUGAAUUCCUUUCCGCGUACCCCACGGCAGGAGGUCAAUACCACUGGGUCGCUGUUAUUUCCUGGGAAAAAUGGAUGCCCAUUUUAUCAUGGAUAACCGGCUGGGUGAACUGUGCUGGUUGGGUUGCCUUGGUUGCUACCGGUGGUCUUCUGGGUAGCGAGUUGGUCCUCGGAGUCAUUUCGCUAGUGCAUCCGAAUUACUCUUCUCAGCCAUGGCACCAAUUCUUGAUCUACAUCGGAUAUAAUGUGGCUGGAUUCCUCAUCAAUGCCUUCGGAAACAGUAUUUUACCUUAUUUUAACAAGGCUGCCUUUAUCUGGUCCCUGGGUGGCUUUACUACUAUUUGUAUCACGGUACUCGCUUGUGCCUCACCAAAUUUCAAUUCUGGAGAUUUUGUGUUUCGCGAGUUCAUCAAUAAAACUGGCUGGCCCGAUGGAAUUGCCUGGCUGCUUGGACUUCUGCAAGGAGGACUCGGUGUUACAGGCUUUGAUGGUGUUGCACAUAUGAUCGAAGAGAUCCCCAACCCCUCCGUGGAGGGUCCCAAGAUUAUGAUCGCCUGUGUUGGCAUUGGUACUGUCACUGGUACUAUCUUCCUUGUUGUUCUCUUGUUUGUAGCUGGCAGCAUAUCUCAGAUCACUGAGUCGGCUGCGGGUCCUCUCCUUGCGAUACUGUACAACGCCACUGCCAACAAAGCGGGUGCCAUCUGCUUACUCGUCUUCCCGCUCGUCUGUAUGCUCUUUGCUACCACCGCUAUCAUGACCACUAGCAGUCGAAUGUGCUAUGCAUUUGCUCGUGACGGCGGACUACCUUUUUCGCCUUUCUUCUCCAAGAUUCACCCGAAGCUGAAAGUCCCUCUCAACACACUCUGUCUCAAUCUUGCUCUUGUCAUCAUAUUCGGUUUGAUUUUCCUCGGUUCAUCUAGCGCCUUUAACGCUAUCAUUUCCGCUUCUGUUGUUUUGCUGGAUCUUGCUUACGGUAUUCCAAUUGGAAUUAACUGCCUUCGGGGGCGCAACACACUUCCCGAAAGAUCAUUCGUUCUUCCAAAUGCUGUUGGUUGGGUGUUGAACAUGGUAUCAAUGGUUUACAUUACCCUGACCACUGUCCUGUUUCUCUUUCCUCCCGAUCUUCCUGCCACUGGCAGCAACAUGAACUACUGUGUGGCUGCUUUUGGCAUUGUAUUUGUGAUUUCGGCCAUCACCUGGAUUGUUGAUGGCCGCAAGAACUAUGUUGGCCCUCGUAUCGAAGUUGAGAUUCUCUCUGGUCAAGUUGAAGACAAGCCACAUGACCCGAUUCCCAUGGUGGAGCGAAAGGCUUAA